AUGACAGACAAACUCCCACCGCAAGAACCCGAGAUCUACAAACACGUCAGCCCAAAGACACAGGGUUAUUUACGAGCUUCCGCCAGAUACAGAGAAGAACAAGCAAGACUUAACGACGAAACCAUGUCUGACGAACAAACCUUCAUUGCCAUCAAGCCUGAUGGCGUCCAGCGUGGACUCGUUGGCCCAAUCCUCUCUCGUUUCGAGAACCGCGGCUUCAAGCUUGUCGCCAUCAAGCUCGUGACUGCCUCCAAGGAGCACCUCGAGAAGCACUACGAGGAUCUCUCCAGCAAGCCUUUCUUCCCCGGACUUGUCAAGUAUAUGGGCAGCGGACCUAUCUGCGCUAUGGUUUGGGAGGGCCGUGAUGCCGUCAAGACCGGCCGUACUAUUCUCGGUGCCACCAACCCUCUUGCAUCCCAGCCAGGCACCAUCCGAGGCGACUUUGCCAUUGACGUCGGCCGCAACGUAUGCCACGGUUCCGACAGCGUCGAGAAUGCCAAGAAGGAGAUUGCUCUUUGGUUCAAGGAGGGCGAGGUCCAGUCAUGGAAGUCUGCCCAACAAGACUGGGUCUACGAGAAGUAG